AUGGAUCAGACUGACUCCAACGUGAAGGAGGGAGAUUCCCCAACAUGUCAGAAUUUGGAAUCCACAAAUGAUGACGAUAAAAUAAGAAGAGACAAAAAUAACGAUAGUCAAUGUGACCCCCCCUUGGAGGAAGGAACAACUGGUAAUGUAAUUUUCCAUGCGCGUGAAAAAUAUAACCAUUUGAAUAGAAGGGGUGGACGGAAGAAAUGGAAACAUCACGGCCAUGCGCUUCAAGGGGAUGUGCCUGACGCUGAUGCCCCUAACAACCUUAGUUCUCUCUUCGGGAAGAAACAGAAAGAACAAAAUAUCUGCGUUGUAUGCCUCCAAAACGGAGUAGUGAAGUACAAAUUUGUGUGUUGCUACGGAGGCUACUGUUCUGUCGCCUGUUUUCAGAGGCACGACAAGAAGGCCUGCUUGGAGGAGCAGGGGAAAAAUGACAACAAAUUAAAUGAAGUUAACAAUUUAGAGUUCCAAAAGUAUGAACAUAAAAAAAGCCAAGUGGAUGAAAGGGGUGAUAACCCUACGGAAGAUGAAGAAGAAUCCGACGAGGACCUACUAACAGAAGAACAAAAAGUAAAGCUAAAGGAAGACAUCAGAUUGAGAAUCCUACUUAAAAAUAAUUAUGUUCGCUCCGUUUUUAAGAAUUUCACUACAUCCAAGGACAAAAUUGCCUACCUCUCCAAUUAUAUUAAUGACCCCACGAUUGUGCAGGUCGUAGACCAAAUUAUGAAAUCGGUGGAGGGUUGA